AUGUCCACCUCAAAAACCUCAGAUAAACCCUUCAAAGGCUUUGAACUAAGCCAAGCUCAAACAGCUUUCUCUUUCUUGCAGCCUAACGCAUCCCCAUCUCAACAUAAUGAGAGAAGAGGCCGGCGAAAGCAAGCAGAGCCAGGGAGGUUCCUAGGGGUGAGGCGGCGGCCUUGGGGACGAUAUGCUGCUGAAAUCAGAGACCCCACAACUAAAGAGAGGCACUGGCUUGGGACAUUUGAUACUGCUCAAGAAGCAGCUCUUGCCUAUGAUAGGGCUGCCCUUUCCAUGAAGGGCACUCAAGCAAGAACCAACUUUACAUAUUCUGACACCACAAAUUUCCAUUCUCUUCUCUCUCCUUUUGAUAUGCAAUCCCUCCGGCAGCCAUCACAGUUCCUCACUAGCACUCAGAUUACACAACCCUCUAAUGACACCAAUUCAUAUCAGCCUGAAAUUCCACAAAGUAAAGUAAAUAUUCGCUAUAACGGUAAUACUUGUUUCCAAUCCGAUAAUGAAACAAGUACUCAGUCUUCAUAUGAUUCAUCACCUAAUGAUAGUUUCUUUUUCUCCUCUGACACCAACUCUGGCUACUUGGGGUGCAUAGUCCCUGAGAAUUGCUUGCAACCUCCUAAUACCACCAGCAUGAACUCCCCAAAAAGCAAUGCAGAUACUAUAAAGAAUCAAAACCUUACCACAAGUUACAGUUGUCACCAAACUCAAUCAAAUUGUGAUUGUAAUGCACUUUCAGCUGAUGCUAUGAGUGUGGCAACAAUGGCAUCAAACCCUGCAAAUUUGUCUUUCUUUGAUCAACUUAAUAAUGGAUUUUGGGGUGUUGAGCAGUCAUGGAAGAUGAAUUCUUGGGAAGUCUCUGCCAUGAUCAACAACUCACUGAUGCUGGAAGGUGGGUGCAUGGGAACUUUGUAUCCAGUCAUGGACAAUCCAGGUCACAAGUCAACGCCUCCUGUCACUUCUUCAUCAACAUGCUCCUCUAUAAUUUCUCCUUCUGGUGAUGUAGGUGACUUGGGACAUUCUCUCUUCUGA